UUCCACCGGAGUUUGUCCCACAGCCCCUGAACGCGCCGUGAUUCGGUGGCUGCUGAGCUGAUCUUUGUGCGGAGCGGAGCGGGCGCAGUUAGCAUCGGACGGCGAACACACACGGAAAGACGCGACCGGCAGCGGGACAUCCAGCGUCUGGGCCCGAGAAGACACUCAGGCGGCGGCUACACGGUGACAGAGGCGGCCGGACAAUGGUCAUCUGGUGAGGAUCGCUGCAGGUUUUAGGUGGAGGAGUGGCAGACAGCGCCACCCAGGUGUGCAGAGUGGGGCUGCAUCCCUUCUCACGACCCGACAACCAGCUUCACGGAGUGCCGCUGCCAGAUGGACUGCGAACUCUGAGAGCAGAGUGAGCCAGGACCGAUAUCAACCGAGGAGAGGAGCCGGGGGGAGAACGCUCACCGGGGCAGGAAAGGGAGGGCACUGGUUGGGAGAGGACGAGAGGCUCCACGAUGUCGUCAAACAGGACCCAGAACCCCCACGGACUGAAACAGAUAGGCCUGGACCAGAUAUGGGACGACCUGCGGGCUGGAAUCCAGCAGGUGUACACACGGCAAAGCAUGGCCAAGUCGCGCUACAUGGAACUCUACACACAUGUAUAUAACUAUUGUACUAGUGUCCACCAGUCCAGCCAGGGCAGGGGCUCGGUGCCUCCGGCCAAGCCCUCCAAAAAGUCCACCACUCCAGGCGGGGCUCAGUUUGUAGGCCUGGAGCUUUACAAGCGACUCAAGGAGUUCCUGAAGAACUAUUUGACCAGCCUGCUCAAGGAUGGUGAGGACUUAAUGGACGAGUGUGUCCUGAAGUUUUACACCCAGCAGUGGGAGGAUUACCGUUUCUCUAGUAAGGUCCUCAAUGGGAUCUGUGCCUACCUCAACCGCCACUGGGUCAGACGAGAGUGUGAUGAGGGACGCAAGGGCAUUUAUGAGAUAUACUCUCUGGCACUUGUGACCUGGAGGGAAUGUUUAUUCCGACCCCUCAACAAACAGGUAACAAAUGCUGUGCUGAAGCUGAUAGAGAGAGAGAGGAAUGGUGAGACCAUUAACACCAGACUGAUCAGCGGUGUGGUCCAGUCCUAUGUUGAGCUGGGCCUGAACGAAGAGGACGCCUUCGCCAAAGGUCCGACGCUGUCCGUCUACAAAGAGUACUUUGAAUGUCAGUUCCUCACUGACACGGAACGUUUCUACACACGCGAGAGCACAGAGUUCCUGCAGCAGAAUCCUGUCACCGAGUACAUGAAGAAGGCGGAGGCUCGACUGCUGGAGGAGCAGAGGCGUGUGCAGGUUUACCUCCACGAAUCCACCCAGGACGAACUGGCCAGAAAGUGUGAGCAGGUCCUCAUAGAGAAACACCUGGAGAUCUUCCACACCGAGUUUCAGAACCUUCUGGACGCCGACAAGAAUGAAGACCUGGGCCGGAUGUACAACCUAGUGUCGCGGAUCACAGACGGUCUGGGUGAACUGAAGAAACUUCUGGAGACCCACAUCCACAACCAGGGCCUGGCCGCCAUCGAAAAAUGUGGAGAGGCCGCACUCAACGACCCCAAAGUGUACGUGCAGACCACCCUGGACGUCCAUAAGAAGUACAACGCCUUGGUCAUGUCUGCCUUCAAUAAUGACGCCGGCUUCGUGGCGGCACUCGACAAGGCGUGUGGACGAUUCAUCAACAACAACGCUGUCACCAAAAUGGCUCAGUCGUCCAGCAAGUCCCCCGAGCUGCUGGCCAGAUACUGCGACUCUUUGCUCAAGAAGAGCUCCAAAAACCCAGAGGAGGCAGAACUGGAGGACACACUCAACCAAGUGAUGGUUGUGUUCAAGUACAUCGAGGACAAAGACGUUUUCCAGAAGUUCUAUGCGAAGAUGCUGGCCAAACGUCUGGUCCAUCAGAACAGCGCCAGUGACGACGCAGAGGCCAGCAUGAUCUCCAAACUCAAGCAAGCAUGUGGGUUCGAGUACACGUCCAAGCUGCAGCGGAUGUUCCAGGACAUCGGCGUCAGUAAAGACCUGAACGAGCAGUUUAAGAAACACCUGACCAACUCCGAGCCUCUGGACUUGGACUUCAGUAUCCAGGUUCUGAGCUCUGGCUCUUGGCCUUUCCAGCAGUCCUGUACCUUUGCUCUGCCCUCUGAGCUGGAGCGAAGCUAUCAGCGCUUCACGGCGUUCUACGCCAGCAGACACAGCGGCAGGAAGUUGACUUGGCUCUAUCACCUGUCCAAAGGAGAGCUGGUCACCAACUGCUUCAAGAACAGGUACACGCUGCAGGCCUCCACCUUCCAGAUGGCCAUCCUGCUGCAGUACAACACAGAGGACAGCUACACCGUCCAGCAGCUCACCGACAGCACACAGAUCAAAACUGAUAUUCUGGUUCAAGUGCUGCAGAUUUUGUUGAAAUCGAAGCUGCUGGUGAUGGAGGACGAGAACGCCAAUGUGGACGAGGUGGAGUUCAAACCCGACACCGUCAUCAAACUUUUCCUCGGAUACAAGAAUAAGAAGCUGAGGGUGAACAUCAACGUCCCGAUGAAGACGGAGCAGAAACAGGAGCAGGAGACGACUCACAAGAACAUUGAGGAGGAUCGAAAGCUCCUCAUCCAGGCUGCGAUAGUGAGAAUCAUGAAGAUGAGGAAGGUCCUCAAGCACCAGCAGCUCCUGGCUGAAGUUCUGAACCAGCUGUCGUCCCGAUUCAAACCCAGAGUCCCCGUCAUCAAGAAAUGCAUCGACAUCCUGAUAGAGAAGGAGUACCUGGAGCGAGUGGACGGUGAGAAGGACACGUACAGCUACUUGGCCUGAGCGCCGCCCGCCUGCCCUCCUUCCCGCCCGCCGGCUCUCCUCAGUUUUAUUUUUAUUUGUUAUCUUCUUUUGUUUUUUUAUGUCUGAGUAAUAAAGUGUGGAUCCCUCUGAGCGGCGGACAUGUUGUGAGUGUGUCGCCGACCACGUGAUCGCCCCGAUUGACAACCAUCAACGUGAGGGGCGGGUCAGGAGGGCGUGAACUUUCUGCUCUGCCUUCGAGAAACAAACGCCCCUCCUGUUGAGACUUGGAACCCCCGUCUACAUGCUCGCCGGUCCCGUCCCGUCCGUAGGACUCGAUCACACUUCCUUGUUGUCAUAUUGUAAAUAACCACAGACUCUAAGAGGAAAACAAACCCUAUCCCCUUAUUUACAUAGCGCAAACGUAAUGAAUUAGCCUACAGCCAAUCAGAGGAGAGCCGCAUCCAAAGGUUUCUGCAUGCUACUGCCUACCUGCACCACGGUGACCACGAAAAAUUUAAAAAGUAAAAAUAAAAGUCGAGUCACUGGGCAGCCGACGCAGUUCACAGCACGACGCCGCGAAAUUCGCCGCCGGUCAUGAGUUGUUGGCGGAGGAGGUGGUGAGGUUAGAGCCGCCAUGACGCUUCUUUAUCUGCCGGAGUAGUGUCGGUGUCGGGUUCAUGCAGGAGGCCUGUUUCAUUACUGAACGGUGGACAUUUGUAUAGUGUGGUUCAUUUUCUAAAUGUGUGAUAAAUAAAAACAAGGAAAGAUUUCUCUAUA